AUGUAUAACUCCCAUAAUCAUACUUUCCCAUCUUAUAAACACAUUAACCCCCUCCAUCACUCCUUCUGCGCUCCUGUUAUUGGCACGUUUGGUAACACAAUCCAUGUUCUUCAUCUCCUACCCGAGAACGGCAACAUCGAACGCUUCAGCCUCACAACCCAAUCUUCCACCUUCCGUCACAGCGGAGCUACAGAGCAGGCGAGCGAGCAGAUCGGCGCGGUCACGCUUCACGUUGGAGAUGGGGAGACUGCCAACAGCUUCCUCGACGACGUUGAGACACAAAUCCGUAAGCUGCGGAAUGAUUGCCUGCGCUCGAACCCGGCGCAGCUGCAGAUAGGUAGUGUUGAGGUGACUCAGUUAGUGCAAGUUGUCAUUCAGCCCGCGGCGCUUGAUGCGAUUCACGAAAGAGAGGGGCGAGAUCGCUCUAUGCACGCGACGCAGACGUGCCCUGUUUUUGUUGUUUACAUCACACGCUCGAGAGCAGGGAUGAUUUUGACUGAGCCGACAAGCGUUUCUUAA